AUGACACAUAUAGUUGGUCUUAGACAAACCGCAAAUGAAAUUAACUCCUUCAUAUGCAAUAAUUUACCGCACAGUGACGAAAAUUCAGAUACUAUUAUAUCAAAACCCGUUAAUAUACCUCAUUUAGCUCUUUCUGAACAAGAAGCAAUUAAAUAUGACCUUAAAAAAGGGAAAUAUACAAUUGUUCCUGAACUAACCGAACGAAACAAUAAGUAUCUUAAAAUAACCAAUCAAGGAGGUGAUGGUGUGAUCCUAGGUGAAGAGAACAGUUCCUUAUUAGCCAAAGGUUCUUUACGCUACACACCUAAGUAUGCCAUAUUAGAUGACGAAAAAAAAGGUAUAGCGAAUGAAGUUGGUGAAGCAAUUUUUGAACAAUUCCCGAAGCAUUUGAGACUCCAAGGUCUCACCAAUUGGGAAGAAUUGUGGAAAUUAGGGUUUUCCGAUGUAUUAAUAGAAGGCACUCUAAACCUUAUGCGAAGAGGUGAAUACCCUGUUUCAUGGUUUCAUCUAUUUGGGAAAAGCCAAGUCGUAGAUAUAGAAAAAAUCCUUGGUGGGAAAGAUAUCCGUACUGUUAGUGCACAAAACUUAACAAGAUAUGAAUAUGGCAUUCUUAUUCAAAAAAUUACAACAAUUAUAAAUGAAGGUGGCAUUAUGGUAGAAGCAGAUGCCACCGCAUUCGACUCACAUCUUAACCGUUUCCCAUUUGAGGUCAUGAAAAAACUCGAUUCCUUGGCAUUCAAAGGACAUCCUAAAGAAAAAGAAGUGACCUCUAUACUUCGUUGCCAUUAUGAUCAAAUGCAGAAAUGUUGGAUGUUUGGUAUAACCGAACAUAAAUAUCCUAUUUUUUCAAUGAGCGUUGAUAAUCCUAUC